AAUUAUUAACCCACCCAAAUAUCCAAAAAAAAUCUAUUCUACAACAAGUGGAUAAAUAUAGAAUUUUCUUUUUUUCAAAGAGAAUCGUAAGAACCAAAGAAUCAAAGGAAAAAUGAUGAACCGAAUGUUUGGUAAACCGAAAGACAAGGUACCACCACCAAAUCUUUCAGAUGUGAUUGCCAAUGUUGAUAGUCGUACUGAAUCGAUUGAUAAAAAGAUACAGAAAUUGGAAGCCGAUCUUGUCAAAUACAAGGAUCAGAUGAAAAAAAUGCGUGAAGGUCCGGCCAAGAAUGCAAUCAAACAAAGAGCAUUGAAUAUUUUAAAGCAAAGAAAAAUGUAUGAAAAUCAACGUGAACAAUUAAUGCAACAGUCAUUCAACAUGGAACAAACAAACAUGGCAACACAAACGCUCAAAGAUACUCAAGUGACCGUGAAUGCAAUGAAAUUGGGUGUCAAAGAGAUGAAAAAAGAAUACAAAAAAAUCAACAUUGAUCAGAUUGAGGAUUUACAAGAUGAUCUUGCCGAUAUGAUGGAAGAUGCUAAUGAAGUUCAAGAAGCAUUAGGCCGUUCAUAUGGUAUGCCAGAUGUGGAUGAAGAUGAACUUGAAGCCGAAUUAGAAGCAUUGAACGAUGAACUUGCAUUGGAUGAUACUUCUUAUUUGGAUGAAGUGUCCAAUCUUAAAGUACCAUCAAAAGAACCGGGAGCCGAAAGUGUUAAUACUGAUGGUCAAUUGGUUGAUGAAUUUGGUCUGCCAAAAUUGCCUGCUACAUAAACAUUAUAUAUAUAUAAAUAUCUAUCACAAACAUUAACACAUUUGUAAUUGAGAUUGAGAUAAUAAUUUUUAAAAUCCAGUUACUACUCAUUUUUUUUCCUUGUUUUUAACUAAAAAAAAAAAAUUAUUCUAAUAAACUUUGACAAAUAACAUACAUUAUCAA